CUAAUUGUAUAGAUCAAGCACAACGGUACAAGAUAGUUUAUAAAAUUAAAAAAUAUCUAGCAACAGAUAUGUACGGAGAAUGUUAUGGCAAACCUUGUUACGAACGUGCCAUGAAAGCUGAAAACAAAAGUUGUGAUGCUAUUUUAAAACAAUAUAAAUUCUACCUGGCUUUUGAGAAUUCUUUGUGUAAUGAUUACGUUACAGAAAAAUACUGGAAUGCUUUGAAGCGGGAACAGAUUCCUAUUGUUAACUGGAAGAAUAUCAGCGAAGACAUCGUCAUACCAAAUUCGUAUAUAAAUAUUUAUGACUUCAAAGACAUAAACUCUUUGGCAAAUUAUGUGAAAAAAGUGAGUUCAAACGCAACUUUAUACAAUAGUUAUUUUCAGUGGAAGACCAAAUAUAAAGACAUAGGAUCGUGUAUUUCUUGUAAUUUGUGUCAGUUACUUAGUCGUAAAAGUUUCCAAAGACAGUUUUACUCGGACAUUGGCGACUGGAUCGGAGAUGAUAUAUGUCCAAAAGUUACCGUUGUAAACAACUGGUUUCAACACUUUUAUUGGCGGCUGUUCUGGUCUUUUGGGAUAGAUAUAUCAUUAUGAUCAAAUAUUACAUUAAAAUUUUGCAAAGAGGGAUUUCUGCCGAUAGUAUAAGAACAUUCAGAAAUACUGACAGGUAAAAAAGACGUACUAGUGUGCUGUCUGCACCUUUUGUCUAGUUGUUUUCUAUAUUAUAUCUUUGAAGUUCUUUAAAACCAGCUGUAUUUCUUUUUGUUGUAAAACCAGAUAUGAUGAGCUUAUUCACCUAUGUGGG